AUGAGUAAGACUACUAAAGAACAAUCUGCUACCGAAAAGGACAAAUUGUCCCAAUCCGAACAACAUUAUUUCAGUUCCUAUGAUCAUUUUGGGAUCCACGAAGAAAUGUUACAGGACACAGUCCGUACAUUAUCUUACAGAAAUGCCAUAGUACAAAACAAAGAUAUGUUUAAGGAUAAAAUUGUUUUGGAUGUUGGUUGUGGUACUGGUAUCCUUUCAAUGUUUGCCGCUAAAAAUGGUGCUAAGCAUGUUAUCGGUGUCGAUAUGUCCAGUAUCAUUGAAAUGGCUCAAAACAUCGUUGACAUUAAUGGGUUUUCUGACAAGAUUACUCUUUUACGUGGUAAAUUAGAAGAUAUAGUUUUACCUUAUAAACAGGUUGACAUCAUUGUCUCUGAAUGGAUGGGUUAUUUCUUAUUAUAUGAAUCCAUGUUAGAUACUGUCUUAUAUGCUCGUGACCACUAUUUGGCUCCAGGAGGUCUUAUCUUCCCAGAUAAAUGUUCCAUUCAUUUGGCUGGGUUGGAAGAUUCCCAAUAUAAACAUCAAAAGUUGGAUUACUGGCAAGAUGUCUAUGGUUUCGACUAUACUCCAUUCAUCCCAUUGGUUAUAAAGGAGCCAAUUGUCGAUACUGUUGAUAGCAAUCUGGUUAACACAACAAGGACUAAAAUCAUUGAUUUCGAUUUAAAUACGGUCACUUUGGAUGACUUGAAAUUUAAUGUUCCAUUCAAAUUGCAAGCAAAGAGACAAGACACUAUCAAUGGUAUCAUCGCUUGGUUUGAUAACGUCUUCCCUGCACCAAAGGGUAAAAAACCAAUAGAGUUCUCUACUGGACCUUAUGCUCCUUACACACAUUGGAAACAAACCGUCUUCUAUUUGGAAGAUGAUUUGGAAUGUGAAAAGGGUGAUAUCUUGGAAGGUACUUUAUCAUGUGGUCCAAAUUCUAGAAACAACAGAGACCUUGAUGUUAAAAUCAAAUACAAUUUCAAGGCCGAAGGUGUUGAUGGUAAAGAAAGAUCAGUUAAGAAUGAAAAUGAAUACUUAAUGCAUUGA